AAAGGAGAGGCAACCCUUACCUCACCGUAUCACGGGAACAAUGUCAGGGCAGACGCCCGGCUGAGAGUCGGCAGAGGUCAGUGCUCCUUCCCGGUGGCACCACCGGCAGCCAGCCCCUCUGCCUGAGGGAGGUUUCCCCGGGGCGAGGAGACAAGGGCUGGCCUGGGGCUCCUUGUUUUGAACAGUGCCAAUCUCCUCCUGCGUCCCCUGAGGCGGAGGGUGCCAGCGGGGCCUGCCAUCAAAAGGAAAGCGGUGGGAGACACCCUCUCGGCGCCUGGGGAAGUGAUCCAGCGUGGAUGCGGAAGGGAGUAGGCUCAGAGCCAUGCUUGGCAGCGCUGGUGAUGUGAGUCUCCCCGCGCACCUGCAGAGAAGGUGAAAAGCAGCUCAGCCCAAACCCCAGUUCUGUCCUUCAGAUUCUUCUCAAGUAUGCAGUGACCGCUGGUGGCUUUCUGCCUUAGGGACCAGGAGAGAAUGCUGCAAUGGAGAGGUUCCAGAAACUCAUUUUAAUUCCUCUCAUCCUAACUGCUUUGCUACCAGGUCUUGGCUUCUGUUACUUUAUUAUAAAUGGCCCUACUAAUGCAACAGUCCUUGCUGGUUCAGAAGCCCGCUUUAAUUGCACUGUGUCAGCAGGAUGGGUAAUUCUCAUUUGGCUGUCCAAUGGAAAUCCUGUCCUCACAGUCAUCAAUUCUCAAGGAGCUGUUGAAACAUCAGACCGCUUCACCUCUCAGAAUUAUACCAGCAGCAAUGGGUUUACUUCAGAGCUCAUCAUCCACAACACAAAACUAAGUGACUCUGGAAAAAUUGAAUGCAGCAUCCAGCAAGCUAGUGAAAACAGCUUUGCAUUUCUUUCUGUUCAAGUUAAUGGAUCUUUAUGCAUCAAAAAUAGCACCUUAACAGUAAACGACAACAAAACAGUUGAAAUUGUUUGUGAAGCCUUAGGAUGGGCUCCAGCUCCAGACAUUACCUGGAUGACAAAUGACUCUUUCAUUGAUAAGUCGAGGUACGUUACCCAGCAAAGUCAAGGAUCUAAUGACCUCCACAAUGCCCUGAGCAUCCUAACUUUGACUCCGGUGGACACUGAGAUUUUAACCUGUUUAGCUGACAUAGAAGCACUCCCUAGCCCUCAGAAUGCAACUGUAACUGUUAUUUUUGUCAACUCUACUAUAGAAAAUGAUUACAGUGAAGACACCAGAAGCACGUGGGUUAUUGUACUUGCAGUUGUGCUUUCAUUUGUUGGUAUCAUUCUUCUGAUCAUUAUUAUUGUGGUUGUUGUACGCUGCUGCUGCCUAAAGAAGAGAGGAUCUACGUAUCAAAAUGAAAUAAGAAAAGUUUCAACUGAGAAGAAAAAAGAUGGCAAUUUGGAAAACAGGCAAAGGCAUGGUAGUGAAAAUCAGGGGUACAUUCCAGAGGAACUGUGGAACAGAGAACAAUUGCCAGGAAUUGCCCCUCUUCCCCCAGUGUCUUCAAAAUUCACUGUCCCUGCUGCAGAUUUACCUACCAGUUCUGUACCAAAGGUGCAACCUCAAAGACCUACUGAUUAUCCAACCAACCCCAAAAAAAUUAGAAACUUGACAAUUGUUUAGGAUGUACUUCUCCAGGAAACGUCUCUGUCAGUUGAAUUUUACACGUUUGGAUGGCUUCCCGCAACAGAGAAAGGUUAUCAGCAGUUGUCUCAGUUUAAGCUAUAAGUUAUUUUUUUUUCCUGCAUGUAAUGCAAUAAAAUUGCAACCUUUAUAAUGUAGCAUAUGAUAUCUCAGCAAAAUAAUGGACAUAAAUGACAGCCUUGACUUCAGAGACAAUGAAUUUGACGGGACUCUACAAGAACAAGAAUCCGUGUUUUGGGUCCCAAGGAAAUCGGCAAAACUCCUAUCAGACAGAAAUUUUAAAUUAUCCACAGAAAGAUCAAGGAACUGCAAGGGAUUUAUUAGUUCAGAAGAACUGGUUAAUAAUAAAACUGGUUAAUACAAUAUCUACUGCUUUUUAAAUGUACUUUAUGUACAGUUGAUCAUCUUGAGCUUAUAGAUUUUUCAAUUUCUGUUCUGUAAUAAAAUCAAGGGAUUUUUUAAUGA